AUGCUGGAGAGAGCGCUUCCUCCAGCACUCAUAUCUCUGCUUCUUGUUGCAUCUGGUGUUUCUGCUACACCCUACAACUUCCUCGACAACUAUCGCGACCCCACACCAGCGCCUGACGAGGGACCUCCUGCCUCAUAUCACGCUGUCCGAGACAAGAACGUUUUACCGUACGAGAUUUGCGGUGUUGUUGGCGGUUACGUCUUUACAGUACUUAUUUGGGGAGUACUUCUCCUCACUGUUGGUAGAAAGAUGAGACGAAAAGCACUGGAUCCGCCUAUGCAGUUGGAGCUGGAGCUCCAGGACGGCUACAAAUCAACAAGACCAACUAUCAACACCGGUGGUCUAGCAUCGCCGCCACUAUCUGCACGACUGUGGAGGAAGUUCAAGAAGACUGACUCGGCUGUCCAGAGUCCUGUGGUUCAAUCGCCGAGUUCUUUUGAUCAAAAGGUGCUUGAUGCCCAUAGGGAUCAAGCUCAAGCUGACAUGGAGCGUCUCUACGCCGCUGUCAUGGACUUUGACGCGCAGAAGCACGCAUCCAAGAUCAGUGUAGAUGAAGAGGAGCCAGUUGCCCAACCCACGGAGCGAAGAAGACCAUCAGCGCUGUCCAUCGGACGACCCCAAGACACCGCCGACUCCCCAAUCUCGCCUGUCAAAGCCAUCUACCCACCUGGCUACUCAGACAGACCCCCAACAGCACCCUACACCGACCGCCCCCGUUCGAAUAACCGGGAGCACCUCCGCGCAGAACCCCACGCACCUCCAAGCCCACGCAGCAUCUUGUCCAAACGCUCGCAAAAUUCCACCAACACCACGACAGGAGGCAAGAACGCGCGAUUCAACCUAAAGAACCUACGCAUCUCAGGCCCAAUAACGAAAUACCCUGGUGCGGAUUCCGACGACGAAGCACGCACACCACUCUCCCCACGUUUCUACGCCAACCCCGGCGCACCCCCUUCGCCUCCUACUCAGACCAACUCUCCAAGCUCGCCAUUGAACUACAACGACGAGUCCCUCGACCGCGUCCAGCCUCUCCCCCGCCCAGCACCGCAACGACUAGGUUCCAAAGACCUACCUCUCGCCCAACCCCCCACCUCGCAACUUCGCGCCCAAAAUGCAAACGCCAGUCUCCCACUUCGCUCUUUUGCCUCCCCGCUCGCUUCCCCUGGUAUCCAAACUACCGUCCUCGACCGACGUGUCGAGAAACUUGCACUAGGUACUCCCAAAACAGGAGUGCCCUUCACGCCGUAUAGUCCGUAUAUGCCUUUUACGCCUAUCACGCCUGUGACGCCGCAUUUGACGACGAGGAAGGAUCGCAAGAUGGAGAAGAAGAUGGAGAGGAAAGGGAGGAAGGCGGGAGAUGUGCUUGUGCAGAGUCCAAAGGAGAUUUUUGGGGAUGCUUAUUAG